AUGCGGGGACUGUGGAAAUAUCCCCUUCCAGUGCCCGUGGCACGAGACCACAGGGGUACUGCAGCAGAAUAUGCAGAUUCUGAGGACCAUGGGCUAUGGGGCUUCUUUGAUAAGUCAAAACAGGCACUGCUUCCACCUGAUGAUGAGUCGAGCCAUGGUCGGGCUUGGACAUAUAAGGAACUGUCCGUGAAAUCUUUCGAAGACCUCCAUAAACUGUACUGGGUGUGCGUCAAGGAACAGAAUCGAACCUUGACUCGAGAAAAAGAAAGACAACGUUUGAGAGCAGGUUACGGAGAAGUGGAAAGCGAAGAAAGAGUUGCUGUCGUACGCGAAACAAUGACCCUUAUUGGAGAAGUACUUGUCGACCGCCAGUUGUCGUACAAUCAAGCCCGAAUAUUGGUUGGCCAGAAAGAAGUGGCCGAAAUUCUUGAAGAACCACGGUCUCUUCUAGAGGAUGACGACCCGCUAGAGCAGAUGGAGUCAACUCCACAACAGAGGCAAUAG